AUGAAAUAAUACAACUUAUGGUCCAGCAAACCAAUGUGCGUGCACGUGAAAUAAUAGCAAAUAAGAAACCACGAACAUCUUCCCGCUUUUCCAGAUGGCAUGACACCAAUGAAGAUGAAAUGGAAUUGUUUAUUGGAGUCAUCAUGCUAAUGGGAGUUAUCAAUUUUCCAACCAUUGAGAGCUACUGGAAAAAAGAUCCAAUUUAUUACCACGAAAUAUUUCACAAAAUACCAAUCAGCUACAAUCGAUUUACACUACUCCUCAAAUGCUGGCAUUUUCAGGACAAUACACUUCCGUCCACCAGUAGGCUGGAUAAAAUAAAUCCAAUAUUGAGCAUCAUUCAAAACAACAUAAAAACUGUUUAUUGUCCUGGUGAUACUGUGGUGGUAGACGAAACAAUGGUGCCUUUUCGCGGACGUCUAAAAUUCAGACAAUAUAAUCCUUCCAAAGCUCGCUGCUCUUAUGGAAUCAAGUUGUACAAGGUACGUACUCCAAAUGGGUAUACCUGGCAUCUAAAAAUAUAUGACGGUGUAUCAACCGCCAUUGAUGGGCUUGAUUUACCAGGAAGCACUGUAGUGGAAUUAGUGAGACCUCUUUUAAAUGAAGGCAGAAUGGUAAUUACUGAUAACUACUACACUAGCCUGCAACUUGCAAAAUAUCUCUAUGAUCGAAACACCCACCUAUUGGGAACAUUACGCAAAAAUAAGCGUGGUCUGCCAGAAGAAGUAAUUAUACACAAAUUACGCAAGGGCGAAAUAAUCUCAAGACAAAAUGGCUGUAUUACUGUUUUAAAAUGGAAAGACCAGCGUCACGUUCUUUUUCUCUCAACUGUUCAUGAUGAUGAAAUGAAAACUUGUGGAAAAAAAAGAAAUGGCGAAGAUAAGAUUAAACCUUCUGCCAUUUUGGACUACAAUAAAGGAAAACAAGGGGUGGAUAUAUCUGAUCAGUUUGCCAGCUACUACACUUGUCAAAGAAAGUCAUUGACAUGGUAUAAAAAACUCGCCAUAGAGAUUAUUUGUGGAACACUCGUUGUAAACACUCUGAUUAUAUAUAAUGAACAACGUCCAAAAAAAGUACAAGUAUCUCUUUUGCAAAUGAGACAAUCCCUAAUAAGCGAGAUGUUAAAAAGAAAAUCUAAUAACGAUGGCGGUUCUGGAGGCAAGACCAAAAAAACUAUUCACAUACUGGAAGAACUGCCUAGAGAUAAUAACAAACUCUACAGAAACCGUUGCCACGGAUGCUAA